GCGGCAAGGACACACCUGUGUAGACUUCCUCAGCUUAGCGAACUAGGCCCGUCAGCCGACCGUCAGCCCACCGCAGCCGACCGUCAGCCCACCGCAGCCGACCGUCAACCCACCGCAGUCGACCGUCAGCCGACCCACGCCGUUCCGGAGCUGUGCUGCGACGGAUGUCAGCCGUUCCACGCCGCGCCACCUACCUGCGACGACAUCCUGCCACGAGCGGCUGCGACGGCCGAAUUUCGACGACCAGAGAGUUCACGUCCUAGUCGCAGCUCUGCCGCCUCUGGGGACUCUCAGAUUCUUUUUGCUUGACUCACUUCUCCUUCAUCAAUUCAAGUACAAAAGUUUCAAGUUUUACUGCAUAAUAGGGGUGUCAUCACCAUUGCCCAAGAUAGGAUCUUGCUAAACGUAUGCAGCUUAGCAAUACCAUAAUUUGUACAAUAUGACUUAUAUUUUGUAGUUAAUUUUUAGAUAGAUUGUUAUUCUGUGAGAAGGACAAGUAAUGUAACAUGUAGAAUUUUUGUUUUUGAAAAUAAACAAAACUGAAGCUCGCUAGCAAAUCCUUAAAUCCCUAUCUAGUUGAUUACCACAGUCUAUCCAGAAAUGGCGUCUAUGGUAUCAGAAACAGUUCCCAAGUUCACCGCUGAUGCCCUCCGCGCAGCAGCAAAGCAGUCUGAAGCCUGCCGGAUAGUUCCCCUUAGGCUUCGUCGAGCUAUCAAAAAAUACAUUCGAGAACAAGAAGACCCGCAUAUGAAGAGAAAAGUGUUGAGGUUAUCUGAGUCGUUCAGCCACAUAAAGGAGGCGAAUCUGCUGCUCCCCACUACAACUGCGAAAGAGAUCAUGCAAGAUCCCCUCAAUUCCAUGGGAUGCUCCAAGCGAUGGAAAAUCCAAAGUGCGUAUGGUGAUAUUGGCCUCAAGUAUCAAGAAGAUGAGACCUUAGCUUAUGUGGCUUCUAGGAUGCCUGCUGUUUACUCUGCUCUGUAUAGAGUCCUCAGUGAGGUCAGGAGAAGGGUACCUAAUUUUUCUCCAGCUAAGGUGUUGGAUUUUGGUGCAGGGACUGGUUCUGCUUUCUGGGCAACAAGAGAGGUGUGGCCCAAGUCGUUGCAGAAGGUAAAUUUAGUUGAGCCAUCACAGUCUAUGCAACGUGCAGGGCAAGGUCUUACAAGAGGUCUAAAAAAUAUGCCACUUAUUCAAAGCUACAGCAGUCUUCAGGCAUUAACUCAGAAUAUUAAGAAGUCUAAUCGACAACACGAUCUUGUAAUUGCUUCAUAUGUGCUAGGUGAAAUACCAUCCUUGAAGGACAGAAUCAGCAUUGUCCGCCAGCUUUGGGGCCUUACUGCAGAUAUUCUGGUCUUAGUUGAACCAGGAACACCACAGGGAUCUAAUAUCAUAUCUCAAAUGAGAUCUCAUAUUUUAUGGAUGGAAAGAAGGAGAUGCCGCAAAUUAGAGAAGUUAUCUGACAGACCUUGUAAGGCCUUGACGGCACUCAAAUGUGGCGCAUUUAUUGUAGCACCUUGCCCACAUGAUGGUGCUUGUCCUUUGAGUAAAACUGGAAAAUACUGUCAUUUUGUUCAAAGGUUGGAGAGGACUACAUCACAGCGUACUGUCAAGCGGUCCAAUGGUGCAUCUUUGCGUGGAUUUGAAGAUGAGAAAUUUUCUUAUAUUGUUUUUAGACGUGGACAACGACCGAGAGAUGCUUGGCCACUUGAUGGAAUGAAGUUUGAAACAUUGAAGGAGCAACAUGCUAGAAGAAAUCCAGAGGAUCUAGAGAUUGACUAUGAGGACCAAUUUCCUUCUGAAAAUGAGGAUGACCUUAAUGAAGAAGAGGAUCCUAUUUCCUAUAAUUCUGAUGAUACAGAAUCAGACACCAUAACAGCUGAUGACGGUGAGUGGGAGGAAGGAGAAGCCACCGCGGGUCUAGGUACUGGUUGGGGAAGAAUAAUUUAUUCUCCGAUCCGAAGAGGGAAGCUGGUUGAAAUGGACGUUUGUAGGGCAACCAAUGCUGAAGGCACACAAGGCUCUUUUGAUCGGGUUAUAGUUACCAAAAGCAAGAAUCCUACUCUGCAUCAUCAAGCUAGAAGAUCCCUUUGGGGAGACCUUUGGCCCUUUUGAAACUCUCUUUCAUAUAUUGUUCUACUCACUCAAACAUUACUCUGCAGCCGGUGAAAGAAUCCUGUGCCGACAGUUUCAUUUGAUCAGGCUAGUCAACGUUUUCUAUAUGGAUGACAGAUUGACACUGUGCUUAAAACGAGACACCAUUUAAAGAAGCCGUGGUUUUUUAAUGUGGGGGACAUCUAUUUAUUAUAUACUCCGUAUUGUUUUGUUUUCUCAAUGAGUUCUGUAGGGGAUGACACAAGAGUUCACUUAUGUUGUAGGUAAUAUAUGUUUGGCGUAAAUAAUUUGAUAAAAAUGUAUACUAUGAAAAAACCCCCAAGUGUAAUCAUUUUUAUUUAACUUAUAGAACACAUUGAACUUUGUUGGAUUUAAAAUAUAAAGUUAUAAACCAUAUAAACUGC